UGCCUUUGUGCUGGUGAAUAUGCAAGGAUACCAUAGCAGAAGUAAAGAUGACCCAUAAAAGCCCAAACUCUCAUUUCUAGAACGCUAAAUGCAGACAGUGGUUGAAAACUCUGUUGCGGCUUUUCGCGAAAGACACUUUCAAGGACAUGCUAAUUUAAAAACGAUUUUCUGUGGGAAUGUAGUUUCACAUAAACAGACAUGCUCUGUUCCACAUUGAUUACUCUUUAGUGACUCAAAUUGUAAAUGUUUAUUUGGUUCCAUUGCUGUAAAUUUACAAAUUUGAAAAUUCAAAUUUAGCAUUUUUGAAUAAAACUAAAAUGGCCUACUUCACUAGUUCCAUAAUAAUAAAACCAUGUUUCUGAACAAAUUAUUUUGUUUUUAGUUUUUUUGGGAUAGUGUGGAGGUGAUUACGUAUAUGAUUGGUUUAUGAGUAAUUAAGUCAGUGAAUGUCUGUAAGAUUAUUUUCAGUUGGGAAUUUGUUUUUGCUCCUAACAACAAAAAAUUAAUUAAUUUCAUUUAAAUUCGUUUACAACUUUACUCAAUAAUUAUUAUUAUUCAAUCAUUCUACUCUAAAGACUUUUUGACAUUUUUUCAAUCUGUUGUUUUUUUCUGCAGAUAUAUUAGUAGAUUAAACUAAUUUUUAUUGGAUUAUUAUAUCACAAUGGAUGAUGAAAAUUGGCGGGAAAAGAUUCAAGAAAGAAUUGACAUUGCGGAAAAAUUGUUUGAAAAAUCGACAACUUUUGCAGAUGAAAAUUUAACGGGUUCUAUGAAAUUGAGCAAUCGAAUAAAAUCAGAGUUACGAUUUUUGAAAAAAAUAAAAAGCGGAAAAAUUGAAUUUAAAGAUGAUCAUCUUAGCAGCUCGAAUUUAACAAGCUUAGAAGCUCUCGUUACUUGUAUUGAAGAUACGAAGUGCAUCAGCGCCAUCUUGUGUCCAUUUCAUGUUGGUAUUCAAAAUGGAGACGACGAAGAAAUUUUCGACCAAGAGCGAAAAGUUAUUGUUGACAUUGUUUGCAACGACGGGAGCACUUGGAUGAAAGUUGUUGCUCGCAAUGCGAAAGCGCUUCUUACAGCUUGGGAAGGGAGGGGAGGCUUCGGAGAGAAGAGCAUCAUCACUCAAGCAGAACUUUUAUUGGCUACAGCGAACACAAAUUUAAACAAUUUCCACCCUCCAGAAAUACAUUUUGUGUUUUAUAAAGGUGUUCCGUUAACCAUCGCAAAUGGGUUACAAAAAAUUGGGAUCACAGUCAAAGGAAAUAUAGUCGACGACCAAAACUUCGAAACAGAGAAUUUAUUGAAUAAUUCGAAAUUAAUUUGCCCAAAAUUGGAAUCAAAAAAGCACAAAACAACUUCUGUAAAUUUAGACAUUACUGCGUUAUUAUGCUUAGUGUCCAACUUGUGCCACGGAAAAAAUAAUUUCGAAUUUGCAGUCCCUGUGCUAACGAAGCAAGCAAUAGAGGAACAGAAUUCCCCUGUUUUGUCAAAAAUUGAGAAAUUUAUUGAAAAUAAAACGCUUUACGCUUGCGAAACUGCGAUAAAAAGUUUCAACGAUAUUGUGCAAACUGUUGGGGGGGAGAAAGAAAAAAUACGCUCCUCUGAACUUUUAAAAAAGGUUAUCGUUGUCGAUGACAACCCGUCGGAAAGAACAAUGUUUCUACAGAAUAGUGGAAAAAUCAAUGAGAGGUCAAAGGUUAUAUUUGGUACGGGAGAUAGCCUCAAAGCAGUCACUGUGACAGCAAACACUGGUUUUGUGCGAGCGGCCUCGCAAUGUGAUGUAAGGUUUAGUGUCUUUAUCCAUGAAGCAAGAGCAUUGACAGAAAGAAAGGAGAAGAGUGCAAAAUGCCUGGAUUCGAAGAAAAAUUUGUAACCUCGCUGGCUAGAAUUCGGAAACAAAAAUUUAAAUUGAUAUUCGUCUAACCAUGUCUUCGAACUUUUUUAAUUUUAAAAUUUAAAAAAAAUGGAACGGCUACUUUGAGCCACAUGGAAUUGUUGAACAAUAUAGGAAAAAGUCUUUAUUUAAACAAUCUAGUCGGCCACCCCACAAGGGUUUGGCCUAAAAAGGAUCAAUAAAUUGAAGUGGGUUAAAAACAAGACACAUUAAAUAUUUGACUAGAAAUUGAAUAGAAAACUUUUGCAGAGGAGAAUUUAGCGGGUUCUUUGAAAAUAUGCAAUCGGAGUUGGGAUUUAAAAAAAAUUCAUCUGGUAUAUUGUAAAUAUUUCUUGAUUUAUACAGGGUAUCCAUAAAAUCCCUUUACAAUUUUGUUAUGAAGUCUGUUCUCAAUGAGAACACCUUAUAUUGAUAUUUAUUUUUUGAAGUUCUGUUGGUGGUUUAAGACAGCGGUUGUUUUUGUGCAAUCUUAUUUUUUUAAAUAUUACACAGUGUUCAUUUAAUGUGGAAGCCUCAUGAGCUUUUUGACAAAGGGAUGAAUAUUGAAAUUAUAUAAAAAAAAAACACAUUUGAAAUUA